AUGGGGAAUGGGGAAAAUGAGGGUAGUGCUGGUGAUCAGCAGAAUAUUCAGAAUGAGGUAAUAAGUGGUGAGCCUCCCAAGUCACCCUGGAAGACUUCUGCGGGAAUUGCGGAUGGUGCUUCUCCUCAGGUGAUGGAGCCUGAUUCGGAGUCUUGGCCUGCACUGUCCGAUGCGCAGCAGCGGUUUAAGAACAACGUUAAUGCCGAUUCCAACUCUGCCAAGUUGGUGUUGCCGCAGCCUCAGCAAGAAGCCAAUGGUGGUGGUGCUCCUCCACCUUCUGUGCCGGCUACAGUUGAGCAGCAGAAGUUGCAUGGACGUGGUAAUUUUAAGUCACCUCGUAAGCCUUCCAAUAUGCAUCAUCACAGAACAGGUCCUAAGCACGGUCCAAAUGUUGUGCCUCCAUUUCCCGUACCAUCACCCUAUCAUCAACCAACUAUCACACCAGUUUUUCACGCUAUGGUUCCAAUGCCACACAUUUCUGACCCUGGAUAUGCACGUCAAUUUCACCCUGGACCAUUUCCAAUACCUGAAACUCAAUUGGUAAAAUCCAAUAGCAACACUCGAGUACAAGGCUUUGCUCCACCAGUAAAUGGGGGCUUUAAGCCUUCAUCACGCUCUGACGCCAAGGACCAUGAUGCCAAAUCUGGUGGAAGAAGACCUAUUGCACAGGAGCAAGGUGGUCAAUUGAAUCCUUCUUGGCCUAGUCAGCGACCAGUUGUUUAUAACAACAACUUUCAUCCACAACAAACCUUGGGACCUAGGCCUUUUAUAAAGCCUCCACUUUCUGAUCAAGCAGGCUUCAUUGAUGGACCAUACUUCCCAGGUCCUCCAGGAGCUCUAUAUUAUUUUCCUGCUGCUCCUCCAGGCCCUGUUAGAGUGCCUUACCCACCAUUUGUUGUUCAAUAUCCUUUCAACCCAGGAGUUCUCAUGCCAUCCUCACCAAUGAUCAACUUGAAAGCUGACAUCGUAAAGCAAAUUGAAUAUUAUUUCAGUGAUGAGAAUCUGCAGAAUGAUCACUACUUAAUUUCCUUGAUGGAUGACCAAGGUUGGGUUCCGGUUUCAAUUAUUGCCGACUUCAAAAGGGUUAAAAGAAUGAGCACAAAUAUACCAUUUAUUCUGGAUGCACUGCAAGCUUCAAGUACGGUUGAAGUGCAGGGUGAGAGGCUGAGGAGACGUGAUGAGUGGUCAAAGUGGAUUCCAUCUUCUGUUACUGAUAAAUCUACUUCUCUAGUUCCAAAUGUUCUGAAGAAUGAUGAGCUUAAUGAUAAUAAAAAGGACAGCUCUGAAAGAACAAAUAUUUUUUCUUCUCCAACUGGAAGCUCUGUGGAUCACCUACCAUCAGGUGAAGAUUCUCAAAAGGAGUCAGUUAAUGAUAAAGAACAAAACAAAGAUAAGGUUGUAUUUGUUGGUAAAACCCAAGCAUCUGCUUUAGGAGAUUGUAAUUCAAGCGUGGGAAAGGACUUUGAGGCAAAUAAUGAACAUAAUGGCCUUGACCUUAAUAAAAGUUCAAGUUUCCCAGCCACUUCACAAGGAGCUGAUUAUGUUAAGUCUAGCAUUAUUGAAGGCUCUGAAAAUAUAAAGACACUAUUGCCUACAAAUCUUGCUGCGCAGAAUCUGGAUGACUUAUCUAAUGAUUUUGCAAGCACAUUCAUGCUUGACGAAGAGCUAGAACUGGAGCAGAAAAUAUUAUUGAAGGAUCAUCCUUCUACUGUAGGCAGAGUCGAUGAUGAAGAUGAUGAGAUCAUUGUCAACGAUCAAGCUGUGGAGAGGCUAGUAAUUGUUACCCAGGCAAGUUCAAGAGCUGCAUGGACCACAGAGCUGAAGUCAAAACGAUCUCAUCGUAGAAGUAAUAAGCCCAAUAAUGAAAGCAGGAACGAGAUUUCCAAAUGUUUAGUUGCCAGUGCUGCUGUAUCAAAUUCAAGGAAUCCUGAACAUUCUUCUUGUGGCCAUGAGGAGCCUGGAAAUUUGAAUUCUAGAAGGAAGCAAAACAAAGUCAGUUCCAAGCAUCAAUAUAUUCAAAAGCAGCGCCUAUUCUCUGGAAACGUUAAAGGUCAUGGAAGCGUCAGAAACUCUCUUGGCAUGACAACUGAAAGUCCACCUAGAGAUUUAGUGGGUUUUUUCUUUGGUUCUACUCCUCCAGAUAGUCACGGGCUGAGGCCUUCAAAGUUGAGUGCUUCACCUCACAGCAAUCUUUCUGGAAGUAGUCCGCCUGUUGGUUCGAUGCCAAAACCAUUUCCACCAUUUCAGCAUCCAAGUCAUAAGCUUCUAGAGGAAAAUGGCUUCAAACAGCAGCUGUAUAAGAAGUAUCACAAGAGGUGCCUUAGUGAACGAAAAAGGUUGGGCGUUGGUUGCAGUGAGGAGAUGAAUACACUGUACCGAUUUUGGUCUUAUUUCUUAAGGAACAUGUUUAUUCCUUCCAUGUAUAACGAUUUUCGGAAGUUUGCUCUAGAAGAUGCUGCUGCUAAUUAUAAUUAUGGGAUAGAGUGUCUAUUCAGGUUUUAUAGUUAUGGUUUGGAGAAGGUAUUCAAAGAGGAUCUGUAUGAGGACUUUGAACAGCUGGCACUUGACUUCUACAAUAAAGGGAACAUUUAUGGCCUCGAAAAGUACUGGGCAUUUCACCAUUACAGGGAGGCACGUGACCAUAAAGAACCAUUAAAGAAACGUCCAGAAUUGGAUAGACUGCUCAGAGAAGAAUAUCGUAAUUUGAACGACUUCAAAGUUAAAACAUCCGCUACAAAAGAAGAUAUUCACUAG